UUUGUUUGUUCGUCGUAUUCAACAAUGCUCAAAUAAAGAAAGUGUAGUGCAUUAAAAAUGGACCCCAUCAUUUGUCUGCAACUAUGUCUAUUGAUAAUUUUGCCAGCGACAAUCAUUUAUACUUUUCCAACUGAUAACAGAAUUUAUAAUCCAGAUGAAUUUGAGGAGAUAAAAAAGGCUGCCACUAAAAUCAUUAUCGUUGAUAGAUUCUUAUUGAAUCUGCCUUGCAAAGGCGGCUAUCGUAGAUUCAACGGCGCGUGCCUAGAAGCUUGGUAGACUACAAUAGUAUUUUAGUCCAAUAAAUCAAUAAUUAUUCUUAAACUUAAAUAAAACGCAAAUUAUGUUAAAUAAAAUAUUUUUAUUUUUUUCUAGCCAAAAAUAUAUCUUCAAUGAUCCAAAGCAGAUUUUUGUUUGACGCACCCUGUUUGACUGGUUAUGUGAAAAUUGGCAACGGUUGUAUCAGGAUUGCACAUCCAAAAUUUUAGUCAAAUGUUUAUAAUAUUGUGAAUAAAUAUGUGCGUAUUAGUGUGGCAAUCUUUCUUCUGCAACCAAAACUAAACAAAAAGCAAAUAACCAACAAUUAUUAUUAACUAUUUAAAUCCUCACCUAAAUUCUUUUCGGUAGUGGUUCCAUUUCUUUGGUAAGGUUUAUCAAGACAAGGAUCAGAGCCUUCGUCAUGGUCAUGGGAUUUCACCAACUCUUUCACCUAUUCAAACCAUCACAAAAUAAGCCUUUAAAACAAAUAAAAAAUUACCUUAUGGAAAGCACAAUGGCUCUCGUCGUAGACUACAUGCCAUCCAUGCUCCACGCCUUUUUUGAUUUUGUCCCACGUGGUUGGUUCUUCUGUCGUUGAAUCUGAUGGUCUUCCUUGUACAUUAAUGAUGACAAUCAAGCACAAAAAAAGUACUAAUUUCCUUGAUGAGUACAUACUUAGUUUGUUGUGGUCUGUGUGCAAAUUGUUUACUAAAUAAAAUGCUUUGUUUAAAC